AUGGCUAGACAAAGAAGAUCCGCUCCAGUGAGAACGCAAUCUAGAUCCGCUCAUACCGCUGCAGCUCCUCACGCUCCAGCUGCUCCACACCCACAUCCAACCUCGGUGUCUCAUCCCCAGACCCAACAGCAGGGCCCAGGUUUGUUUGGCCAGAUGGCUUCUACUGCUGCCGGUGUCGCUGUCGGUUCCACCAUCGGUCACACCUUGGGUGCCGGUAUCACUUCCAUGUUUGGCGGCUCUUCCGCCCCUGCUGCUCCAGUUGAGUCUCAGCAGUUGGCUGCUCAACAACAGAGCUACCAACAAGAGCAGGGUAGAUCGUGCGAGGUUGACGCCAGAUCCUUCACUAGAUGUUUGGAGGAGAACGACGGCAACAUGCAAAUUUGCGACUACUACUUGCAGCAGUUGAAGGCAUGCCAGGAGGCUGCUCGUCGUUAUUAA